AUGUUGACACACACAUGUAGAAAGAUAUACGGUGUAAUCCUAAAUUGUUACUCUCUACCAUGCAUGGUAUAUCCACUACUAUCCCCUUUUUAAAUUUACAUACACAACCCCAUUAAAAUAAAGAAGCUUAUAGGUUAAGAAACUUCCUCCACUAAAAACCCUAAAAAAUAUAAUAAAACAAAAAGAGAUAAGAGAAUGAGGGAAUAAGGGCAAAGUAAACCAAACUAAAGCCUCUUCUUGCUGCUUUCUUCCUCCCUCCUCUCUUCCUUUAAUGCUCUUUUUCCUUUUCUUUCUCUUCUCUGGUAUUCCCUUGGUUUGAUUCUCCACCAUCUCCCUAAAGAGUCAUCAAAACUUUAUAAAAGAAGACAUAUAUAUAUAUAUAUAUAAAAGAAUUUUCAUUACCAUGAUUUUCUCUUCUAUUCAAGGUUAUGUAGAUCCACCUAAUUGGCACAACCAGCAACCAAAUCAACAUCAACAAAAUGGAAGUGAUAACAUUCAACUUCUUCCACCUUUACCACCUCAAGUGGGAGGUAGUACUGGUGCUUCUGGUGGUGGUACUAUGGGCUCGAUCAGGCCAAGCUCUAUGGCUGAACGAGCUCGUUCAGCAAAACUACCACCACCAGAGCAACAACUUAAGUGUCCACGAUGCGAUUCAACCAACACUAAAUUUUGCUACUUCAACAACUACAGCCUCACUCAACCUCGUCACUUCUGCAAAGCAUGUAGGCGUUAUUGGACAAGAGGAGGUGCACUUAGAAAUGUUCCGGUUGGUGGAGGGUGUCGUAGAAACAACAAGAAGAACAAAAGAAGCCGUUCGAAAUCUCCUAAUUCAACAAACUCUCAUGAAAAACAAACUUCUUCAUCAAGUGCAAUUCCUCCUCAUCAUGAACUAAUUGGUCAUCAGUUACCACAAACAAUUACCAACUUACCCUUCAUGGCCUCGAUGCAGAAUCAUCUCAGUCGUUAUGUUGUUGGUAACGUUAACAUGGGUCUCGGUUUACGCGAGAUCCAAGAACAACAACAACAACAACAAACAGAUCAAAUGGGAUUUCAAAUUGGUGUUGGUAAUGGUAACGGUAACUCAUUAGUUACUGUUUCUGCUGCUGUUGCCGGAGGAGGUGUUGGAGUUGAUCAGUGGCGUAAUUUACAACAAUUUCCUUUCUUGAAUACUUUUGAAUCAAAUUCUGGUGGAAAUAAUUCAUUUCCUUUUCAAGGAGAAAGUAUUGAAGCAACAUCAUCUGGAUUUGUUGGAGAUAUAGCUUCAAAUCCUAGGGUUGUUAAUCAAGAACAACCACCACUUAAAAUGGAAGAAAAUAGAAGUUUAAAUUUGUCAAGAACUUCUCUUGGUGUCUCUGAACAUAAUAACCAGCAGCAAUUUUAUUCAUGGAAUGAUUUAUCAGGUUCUUCAACUACUCAUCUCCUAUAACUUUGGAUCAGAGAUACUUGUUCACAACAACUUCAACUAUGAUCAUUGAUCACUCAUGUUAAUUAUAGCAAGCAUGGUAAUAGAAUUCAUCUUCUUCUAGUUGUAAUUUCUGGUCAUUAUUUCUUGUUUUUUCUAAUGGUCAACACUCUGGUACACAUCUUAUUUGGAUAUGUACUGGUACACUACUGAUAUGGAUAAUUCUGAUUGGUCCACAAAUAAUGUUUAUUAUAAAAAAAUUAAUACACUAUUUGUGAACCUAUAAAAAUUGUCCACAUCAGCAGGUAUAUUGGUACCUAUCCAAAUAAAAUGUGUACCCAAGAAUUCGCCUUUUAUAUUUAUUUUCAUGAAGUCAAGUUUAAUUUAUGUACUAUAUAUAUAUGGGCUUGUUUUGUUUUAUUUUGUAUAACUCUAUGUGUGUGCAUGUAAUGUUAUGUUAUGUUGUGUGUGUUUUCUAUCUGAAUCUGACUAUGUAAUCUCAUUUCCUUAAGUUUACUUACUUUACACCUAUAGCUACUACCAGCUACAUAUAUAGAGCUAGUUUUCUUA